GAGGGUGCGCUGGUGAUUCCGGAUGUUGGCUGUGGCGCCUACGGCAACGAUCCCGGUGAGGUCGGCACACUCCUUGGCGAAGCCCUGCAGCGACAGCCUGGGCUUUUCUCGGAGAUCCACCUUGUUGGCCAGCGCAGCUUCGCAGAUGCCGCAGUAAAUGUGAGCAAUGGGUUGUGUUAG